GCAACCACUCUGUUGCAGCGCGAUCACUGGCUAGAACUCUCGCCACGGCGACCACUCCUGCUGCAUUCGGCUGUCCAAAGUAAGCAAAACCAGACCACGGUACAGGAUGAGUCGACGUCCGUGAUAAUGCUAGGCAGGGUCGUCUUCUGCGUGGUGAUCGCCGCGGCCGUCCUCGCCGUCGUCCUGCUCGCCACCGUCUCCCCUCUCCCUCACCGGUCCGCCGCGCGCCCCCGCGGCAUCACGGUGUACGUCCAUCCGGUGGCGUCUGGUCCCGUGAGGCGGCAGCAGGGCGCCAAGCACGGGGACGAACGGGUGGCGAGCGCGCUGGUGUUCCGCCACCGGAUGACGGCGGGGCCGGAGAUCACGUCAAGAACCGUCGGCGCGGCCUCCGGGUUCGUGCUCCCGGGCGAGCGCGGCUCGGCGAUGUCGGCGUUCGACACGGUGCACCUGGCGUUCGACGCGCCCGGGCUGUCCGGCAGCCUCUGCGUGGAGGUGGCCAGGAACGAGGGGGCGCUCCGCGUGGUGGGCGGCACGGGCGCGUUCGCGUUCGCGCAAGGGCACGGCGCCGUCCUGCGCCCGGAGCGGCUGGGCGGCGGCGCCGCCGCGACGUCGCUGCGUCUUGAGCUGAGCAUGAGCGUCGCGUCCGCUGCUGGGUAACCACAACUAACGGGUGUGCGUGCGUACGUGUCUGCGAGACGAGAGUCGAUUAGUAAUCCAUUUAUUUUCCUUUUUUGUUGUUUUUGAUUCCGCGACAUAUGUAUUCGCGGAACUGUAAGCCUGUAAUGCAGCUUUGAGUUGAGCGCGUGAGAGUGAUACGCCAAACUUUGCGUAAUCACUACUUUGCUUCCAUUCAAUCAUAAGAAGUAUUUUGAAUGGAGACUGGGAACACAGGUUAUGAGUUCAUCGGAGGUUUUAAUGAUGCAUUUGGUUAUCUUGAA